CAGAAAAAUAAGAAACAUAACAGUGUCAAUUGUAUCAUUAUACUAAUACUAUAUAUCAUGGUUACCAUAGAAUCAUUUUAUCACUUUAUGGUUGCCAUGCGAUAACACAUUCUCAUGGCAACAAACCAAUAUAUAGAUUCUACCACAGUUUCGUUACCCUUCUCAUCACACACCAUAAUACUGUCAUGGUUACCAUGUCACAACUUUUUCAUGGUAACUCUUUGGUCAAUGGUUGUUAUGGCAACAUUUAAAUAUUACACAAAUGAGGAAACAUUGUCCAUUUGUAUGUCUGUGUUAUGUCAACUCAACAAACAACCAAUUGUCUCCAAAAGGAGAAGCUGCCUAGCUGAGUUACUCCCUGUGUUUACAAAAAGGGGAGAAUAUUGUAUCUGUUAUCAGAUCUACAGUCCAUUUGUAUGUUGACUGAUCAGACCAUUGUCUCCUAAAUGAGCUUAACUGUAUCCUGAAGGAGAAGCUUAUCAGCUGAGUUACUCCCUGAGUUUAAUUUCUCCACUUCACCAUCUCCCUUAGUUUUGCCUGAUACAGGCUGACUGGUUGAUCUUCCAGUAGCUGAAACUCAAGUGUUUGUUUUUACUGUGAUUUGUAGCUGCUGUGUUGUGCAGCUACUGUGUUUUGCAGCUAUGGAGCUUUGCAGCUCCUAUGUCUUGCAGCUACUAUGUCUUACAGCUCCUAUGUCUUGCAGCUACUAUGUUUUGCAG